CACAAUCGUGGCGAUCAGUGCACAUUCACCUUAUAUGCGAACGUAUUGUUUUGCAGGCAGACAAACGUGACACCGACAUCGGCGGCAGUGAGCGUAGUCACUCCAGUCGAGGAGUCCUGUUUUGCUGAAAACUCCAAGUAUGGCCCAGACAAGGUUAUCAGACUGCUUGAAAGCUCUGCGGGGCAUGGGACUGAUAACCAGGGCAUUCAUUGAUGUGCAGAGCAGAGAAUGCAAUCAGGUCUGGAGCAACUGUAGCCUCCGUUCAGCCACUCAGGCAGUGCAAACCAAGGCCGAGGAGGCUGUCAGCAGUGCUAUGGUGUUUGCCUCUAGGUUUGGCUCGACACAGAGGAAUAUUGAAGAAUUUUCAGAAUCGGUGGCAGAUGAGGAUCCCACAGCCUGGGCGUACUCUACUGGUUCCUCAACCCUCGACCAUGACCUCGCUCGCACAGGCAGUGAAGUGCCACCAACAGAACCUGCGUCCAACCUGAAUGAAUCGAACAAGGCAGAGGCCACCGCUGCUCCCACUUCAACAACCCACAGUGCAACAGAAAUGCCUUAUCCAAACGGCACCUCUCCACCAAAGCAAAGCCGAGGUCUCCACACCUUGGCGUCUCCCUUCAUUGUCAGACAUCGGAGGUCACUGCACUACGAGUCGUCCACCGGAAUGACCGAAGAGCAGUUGCAGAAGUUGCGAAUGCAAGCCAAGUCAUCCAAAUCAUCCAAGCCACGAGGUCCUCUCAUCAAACCCAAACUAAGUGACCAAGCUAAAGAGAGGACUGUCCCAGCAUCUCGGCUCGGCAGAGUCUGGAACUUUGGAGGUCUAGCAGCUGGUCUUGGCAUAGGUGCAGUGGCCGAGAAGGCCAAGAGAAGUCUAGGACUCAGAGAAGAUGGCAAGCUUGGAGGUAGUUUGCUGUUGACAGAGGCCAACGCGGAGCGAAUCGUCGACACUUUGUGCCGUGUGAGAGGAGCGGCCUUGAAACUUGGUCAGAUGCUGAGCAUUCAAGAUAAUGCCCUGAUCAGCCCUGAGCUACAGCGAGUGUUUGACAGAGUCAGGCAGAGUGCUGACUUCAUGCCAGCCUGGCAAAUGGAGAGGGUAUUGAAACAGGAGCUAGGUGAGAACUGGAGAAGCAAAGUGGCUUCAUUUGAGGAUCGACCCUUCGCUGCAGCAUCUAUCGGUCAGGUGCAUGCUGCUACUAUGCAUGAUGGCAGGGAAGUCGCGAUGAAAAUCCAAUAUCCUGGAGUUGCACAGGGAAUUGACAGCGACAUCAAUAAUCUGAUGGCGAUCCUCAAAGUGUGGAAUGUCCUCCCUGAAGGCCUCUACGUUGAGAAUGCUGUGGACGUGGCAAGAAAAGAGUUAGCUUGGGAAGUAGAUUACACUCGAGAAGCAGAAUGGUACCGCAGUUUCAAGCACAUCCUGAGAGAUGACCCCAUUUUCAUAGUACCAGAGGUUAUGUCCGAGCUGUCCACUAAGCAGAUCCUGACCACUGAACUGAUGGAAGGCAUGUCACUGGACAAGGCCGAAGGGUUGGACCAAGACACCAGGAAUCAUAUCUGUAUGAACAUCCUGAGAUUAUGCUUGAAGGAACUAUUUGAAUGGCAUUGUAUGCAGACAGAUCCUAACUGGUCCAACUUCUUAUAUAACCAGCGCACAAAGAAGGUUGCUCUGAUAGACUUUGGGGCUUCCAGGAAUUUCUCCAAGUCAUUUGUGGAUGAUUACAUCAAGGUGAUCAAGGGAGCUUCAUCAGGUAGCAGGGAAGAUGUCUUGGAGUACUCCAAGAGGCUAGGCUUCCUGACGGGUUAUGAGUCCAAGGUUAUGGAGAAAGCUCACGUGGACGCAGUAAUGAUUCUAGGGGAGCCCUUCAUGAGCGAAGAACCCUUCGACUUCGCGACACAAGACACUACCAGACGCAUCCAGUCCAUCCUUCCGGUCAUGCUCAACCAUAGACUGGCCCCGCCCCCGGAGGAGAGCUACUCACUGCACCGGAAGAUGUCCGGUGCCUUCCUGCUCUGCACCAAGCUUGGCGCCAAGAUACGCUGCAAGGAGCUGUUUGAUGUUGUGUACUCCCGAUACCAAUUUGAUUGAUGUGGAUAACUGGUGCGUGAACAUUUUUAUCGGUGGGAUCCGGGACUCACUGAGGGCGCUGUUUGGUUUGUACAUGAGAGCCAACUGAUAACACUUCAUGCAGAUCCAGGUGACUCUUGGACUGUGGUUUUCCUUCCAGUCAAAAUGCAAGAUACCGGCAAGAACUUGGAAGCCUGUUGAUGUGACGUUCUCUUGUAAAUAUGCAGAGAAGUUGAUGGAGACUAGGAAGCGGCCGUAGAAUUUCGAUCAAACCUGAGAAUCACCACAUCUCACUCAAUGUGUUCAACCGCUGAUCACAUUCUAUUCCAGGUCAAAGUAUGCUAGUGGUGGAAAAAUGAAUGGUUGGCCUCAUGAGUUGCCUUAGAGAGUGAAACUGGGAGUGCGUCUUGAUGGUCAUAAUCAGGAAUUAGUCCAGUUAUUUCUUUGUGGUGAAAUCACUCUUGGACUUUGGUACUAUAGCAUCACAUCAAUGGUAGUUCUUGCCCAGGUAAAAUUGCCAAAGAAACAGAUGCACCAACUCUUGGUGAAGACCCAUGAUUCUCAACUGGCUACUCAAUUAGUUGUUACUUUCAAUUCCUUGUCAAAAUGGGGACACCAAUGAAAAAGAAUCUUAGGCUUAAUAUGUUGCGGGGGGGGGCUUGCUUUAGUAUGUACCCCUUUAUUAAAAUGAAAUCUCCAGUACGUUUCCCUUCUUUGUCAGAUCUGCAGUACUCCAUUGUUUCAGCCUGCAUGCUUAUUGACAUGUGAAAUUUAUUUAGAGGUUGGAACAAUUACAGAAAUUUACUGUUGAGAAAACGCUGCUACCAUGACGGGUCUCUUUUUGAGUUCUUUUAAUGCAGCUCUCACCAACAUAGUCCAACUUCCAUUGAGCAAAGUCUGUUCAUUUUCUCAGGCAAUGUUUUUUUCACCUUAUCUUGUCAUUAUGUGACUGACAACACAUGUACAAUUUAUACCGUGAUCCUCAACAAAUGAAGUCAUUUCCAGCCAUUUCCUCAACAUUGUUUCAAUCUGAUAGCUGCAUUGUGAAUGUCCCCUUCUUAAAGUGGGCAUUUUCAAUUACAUGUGGCGCACAUAGUAAGUUUGAAAAAUUCCAAGUUCCUGUUAAAACAGCAUUUGUAUCUCAAUAUAAUGUGCUUACCGGUACUGUUAGCAACAUCCGUUUGUGUGCUUACAUCAGAAUCGGUUAUGUUCUUUGGUAUGCAAAAUACAUGAUAGUACUUCCCAUCACAAGAAAUUCAACAUAGUUUGGGGUUCAACAUGUGUACAUCUGUUUUAAUGUAUGUAGGUGCAAUGAAGUGCAAUCCUGUUAUCGAUAGAUACAACGUGAAGAAAAUAAUUCAAAAAAUGGGGCAGGCCCUUAGAUUUAGUGUGAAGAGACUUUGUUACAACCUGCAAAAGCACAGGUAUUUUCGAAGCCCAAACCUUGGUGAUGUUAUGUUCAUUGCUCAUGAUCUUAUGCAUUGUUACAAUGUAGUGUCAAUAAACAUUCUGAACACACAGAAAGUUCCCUUUUACAUAUAGUUUGUACAUUUUAAUAGACUUUAACUGUGUUUUUUCAACCAAAUGCACGUGCACAUGUACAUCGAUACGUGUAUACAUGUUCCAAGUAGAGUAAUUCACGUUUGAAACUGUUGAAAAUAAAAAUAAGUCUUUUCAAAACAAA